GCCGUCGUCGUCCUCGACGCCGUCGUCGUCGUCAUAGAACGCGGGUCACGCGACACGCCGUGUCCGACGGUUAACGUGUGUUUGUGCGUCUCCGGGUGUUGUUUUUUCCGCGCCUCUUCGCUUACUCGCUCGAUCCAUCAGCGACAGGGUUACGCACCCUUGGACGACCAAACCGAGUGACCUUCCAGUGCGUCAAGACAGUUUUAUCUUUCGUAGUUUACUCGUUUCCGUUGUUCGAACAGAGAACGCGACGAAAUCGGAGAACAAGGUGAACAGAGUGGGAGAAGCAGAUUCGAUUUGAUUCCUGGCAAGAGGAUUCGGUGUCCCGAAGACGUUCCGCGUGCAAAAAGAAGAGGGGACGAUCAUGGACAUAUCGGAAGAUUGCUGGGAGCACGUGGGACUGCUCCAAGAAGUCUCCGGCUCGGAACCACCCCCGCCACCGAUCGCCCCCGACUUCCUAAUUCAGCAACAGGAGCUGCUGGUGAGCGGCGGACAGCCAACGACGGCGACGUCGCCGGCGAUGUCGUCGGGAGGUGCACUGAGCCCAGGUGCACUGUCACCGUCGUCGACGGCGACGACGACGGGNNNNGCGGCGGCGGCCGCGUCCGGAGGUGCGAGCACCCCGGUAGGUGGUGCCACGGGGCCCGGUUGCUGCGAGAACGGCAGGCCCAUGAUGACGGACCCCGUAACGGGGCAAACGGUGUGCAGCUGUCAGUACGACAGUGCAGCGAGGCUCGCCUUGGGUGCGUAUCCGAGGCUAGCACCCACGGCGACCUCCUACUCUUCUUACCCCACGCCGACGCCCUCCACCACCGACCAAGGGCCCUACCCCAGCAUCGGCAUGGACAGCUCCGCGUUCUACCCUCCUCUGGGAAAUCCGUACGGAUUGAAGGACACGACGGGGAUGGGCAUGACGGCGGAUAUGGGUGCUGCAUGGGGCACGGCUGCCCUUCAACCUGCCACCACGGGUUACUACCCCUACGAUCCAACCCUGGCCGCCUACGGAUAUGGCGCCGGAUACGACCUGGCAGCGCGGCGGAAGAACGCGACGAGGGAGUCGACGGCUACCUUGAAGGCCUGGUUGAACGAGCACAAGAAGAACCCUUACCCGACCAAGGGCGAGAAGAUCAUGUUGGCGAUCAUCACGAAGAUGACGUUGACGCAAGUGUCCACUUGGUUCGCGAACGCGCGAAGACGCUUGAAGAAGGAGAACAAGAUGACCUGGGAGCCGAAGAAUAAGACCGACGACGACGAUGACGCUGUUCUCACGGAUUCGGAGGAUAACAAGGAGAAGGAUGAUUUAUCGGGAGACAAUCAAGGUGACAGAGUCGGAGAGGAGGCGAGGAGAGGCCUCGAAGAAAACGAGCCGAUGAGGCACGUGAAAGCGGAGCACUUGCAGCACGACAAGGACCUCGACGAGGAGGACGACCUGGAUCUCGAGGAGGACCCGCGACGAGGAGAGCAUCCCUUUCACCACGCGAUGCAGCACCACCACCACCAUCACCAAGGAUACACCGGAGAGGACCACCUGAAAGACGAGGGCAUCAAGUCCGACUGUAGCGCCGCCGGUGUACCUAUACCCGCGACCAAACCUAAAAUCUGGUCCCUGGCGGACACGGCAGCCUGCAAAACGCCACCGCCACCCUCGCAUCCCCAUCACCAACAGUACCACCACCUCCACCAUCAACAACACUACGGUCAACAGCAGCAGCAACAGCAACAGCAGCAACACCAUUUGACCAAUCAGACCCACCACCAUCACUCUCAGCAACCUUGGCUCGGUUCUGGUGGCGGAGGCGGUACCGGAGGCGGUGGCGGUGGCGGAAACCUGAGCUCGUUCGCGUUGCCCUCGUCAGCGUCGAUGAGUCCCUCCGCAGCAGCGACCGCACCGUAUUCGAGCGCUGCUACGAGGUACGGUGGUUUUCUCUCGUCCUCGUCCGGAGGUCAGCUCCAUUACAACCCCAACUCCUCUUCCGGCUCGAGCUCGAGCGCGUCCUCGUCGGCGGCGGCGGGGUUUCCCGAGGUUGGUACGGACACUCCACCCCAGACACCGCCCAACAUGAAGGUGGCUACACCGAAUGGAGUGAUCCAGGCACCACCGGGCGGUUACUGCACUGGUGGCAACGGCAACGCCACUAGCAACGGUAAUCCCAAUCCGUACGGGGCAAGUCAUCCGGCCGCUGGUUAUCUGUCGACGAGUUCCGGCUCGGCCAGCAGCGGUUCCUCCUUCAGCUCCAGACUACAGGCGUCCCCGCACAAAGACUUCUCGCCCGCGGCACAGAAUUCCAUCCUGCAUCAACAUCAGACCACUGCCAGCUUACCACCCACGGAGGCUACCACUGCGUUUAAACCGUUCUACAAGGGAUCGCAGUCAAUGGGCAGUGGGUUCGUGUCACCGGUGUAAGGCACGUUGGGUCGAGAUUGGAUCAACGACGCGUCUCUCGAGGAUGAGGCCACUGGCUGGAGAACGCAAGGACCCACGACCGGACUGUAAAUACGCUCUGCUGAGAGGUCCUGGGAUUUAUUAGCGUCG